UGGCGAUGACAUCACCGUUGGGAUUACAAGACUACGACCACUCCAGUUUGAGUGAGUACAAGGCGGAAGUUGCAAGCAACGCCUUCAGCAACCGAUCUGGAAGCUCAGACGCGGAAGUUCGGGAGGGAAAGCAACUGCGAUGAUGGCUGCGGAGAGUUACCCGAGGUCGUCCAUUGAGGACGAUUUCAAUUAUGGCACUAACGUCGCGACGGCUAGCGUACACAUCCGCUUGGCUUUUCUGCGCAAAGUCUAUAGCAUACUUUCAAUCCAGAUUUUUUUGACAACUGUGACCUCUGCAGCUUUUCUCUAUUCCACCACAAUUCAGACAUUUGUAUAUGAAAGUCCUGCUUUACUUUUGAUGGCCUUGCUUGGCUCUUUGGCUGUGAUUGUGGCUUUAACUCUAUACAGACAUCAGUAUCCAGUUAAUUUAUAUCUUCUCUUUGGAUUUACUCUUUUAGAAGCACUGACUGUUGCUAUUACAGUGACUUUCUAUGAAGUAUCAAUUGUGCUACAAGCCUUUAUUCUGACAACAACUGUGUUUUUGGCCCUUACUUUGUACACAUUGCAAUCCAAAUGGGAUUUCAGCAAAGCUGGAGCUGGGCUGUUUACUUGCUUAUGGAUUCUUCUCCUGUCAAGCUUUUUAAAGUUCUUUUUCAAUAAUGAAAUAGUAGAGCUGGUAUUUGCUGCUGCAGGAGCGCUUCUGUUCUGUGGAUUUAUCAUCUAUGAUACUCAUCAAUUAAUGCACAAGCUCUCUCCGGAAGAAUAUAUACUAGCUGCAAUCAAUCUUUAUUUGGACAUCAUCAAUCUGUUUUUGCACCUGCUCCGUUUGCUAGAAGCAUUUAAUAAAAAAUAAUUGGUAGUUUUAAUGCAAAUUUGAGAUAAUUUAUAUGCAGUAUCUAAAGAAUUAAUUAAGACCUAGAAAAUCUGCAGUCUACUUUGAGAAUGAAGCCUGGUUUUACAUUCUGUCCUGGCUUCAGUGUUUUCUGUAUAAACAGUGUUUUAGAGAGUGGAUUUUUACUGAAUCUAUUCUGAGAUCAGUUAAUUGCAGGCACCUUGGCUAUUUGGCAAAGGCUUACUCCAUCUAUUUGCAUAUUAUUAGUAUUGAUUGAAAGACUUGCUCAUCAGCUCAUUUGUGCCAAUAAGUACAAUUAAAAUUCUAUUUUAUUCCUGCA